GUGGAGCCAUCAUAGGGUCAAUAUCAGGUGCACUCAAAGGCCAAACCACAGAGACCGGGCUCUUACGAGGAGCUGGAAUUGGUGCUGUGGCUGGUGCAGUUGUCUCUUUAGAAGUUCUCGAGUCAUGUCUCCAGGGAGAACUAUUAUCCAAAGUGGCCAUUUUUGGGAGCCUUCUAAAUGGGAAAAUAUUCAGGGAGUGGGUGAGCCCAGCAAUUCUCAAGGCCUACCAGUGGCAGAUAAAUACAAUUGAAGCCAGUGACACAGAUAAUUUCGAUUUUCUUGGUGUUGAUCGCGAAAUUGGAUUAUUGCCCGAGAUCUUAAGAAAAUUGCCUGAGUUAGAGAUCAGCUGUGGUGAGAUUGUGGAUUCAUGUGGGGAGAUGAUCUCCUGUGCUAUUUGCCUGCAGGACUUUAAGAAGGGAGAGAGUGCAAGGAGAAUGCCAAAAUGUGGGCAUUUGUUUCAUACACUCUGCAUAGACAGAUGGCUAGUGAGACAUGGAUCUUGCCCUGUUUGUAGGCAAGAUGCAUGUUUAGAGCACCAUUGAGAUAUCUUAUCACUUAGUAGCUUCUCUCCUAAGUUUUAAACAGGCUAC